AACAAACGUCCAAUUGACAGUUGAGACGCCGCUGUUUAAGACCUUCCGCCUUAAAAUCUAACAGUGGAAGGACCUUCAGUAGGCCUAGGUCCUAGUCUGUUGUAAAGUAUUACGGCUUGAUGCUUAUUUAUAAAUCUGAAUUGAAAGGCAGUGUGAGAUGAGUAAAUUGAAACUUCAGAAUCAUCAAAAAAAUUACAGAGAGGAAGAUGUGUUAGUCAAUUUGAAAGAUCUUGGCCCCGAUGUGAAAGAGGGGGAUGUGAUUGAGGUCUACCAUCCAGAAGAUGACCUUCCAAGGUUAUUGCUGCAGAUUCCUAACGCUAAAGAUGAAAUUCCUGUUCAGAAAGACACCAUCAGCAUUGAGCAAAGCAUUACAUCAAGUUUUCAGUUACGUAAUUACAAAGAUGUUAUUGUUAGAAAAGUGGACCCCAAAGCUGUGGCGCUUGAGUUGGUAGAGCUCACUUUUAAGGAUCAGUAUCUCAGCCGUUCAGAUAUGUGGAGGCUGAAGACCAAUUUGGUAAAUUCUGUGGUUUAUAUCAAUAAGAAGAUUGAGUUCUGUGGUGGAAUAGUCAGAUGCCAGGUUUAUGAGAUGUGGGCACUUGGGGAAAAAGUUGCCUGCGGUGUUGUUACUGAUGAUACUAAAGUUGUAUAUCGAUCAUCAACUAGUAUGGUGUAUCUUUUUGUUCAGAUGAGCUCUGAAAUGUGGGAGUUUGAUAUCUAUGGAGACCUGUAUUUUGAAAAAGCUGUCAAUGGGUUCCUCUCAGAUCUCUUUGCUAAGUGGAAGAGAGAAGGUAGCAACCAUGAUGUGACUAUAGUACUCUUUUCUCGAACAUUUUACAAGGCAAACAGUAUAGAAGAAUUUCCUGCAUAUAUGAGGGAAUGCAUUCAAGAAGACUACAGAGGGAGAUUUUAUGAAGAUUUUUAUAGGGUUGCUGUCCAAAAUGAGCGUUAUGAUGACUGGUCUCCAACACUAACUUAUUUACGUCAGUUGUUCAACAGCUAUUUGCCAUCAGUGCUUGACCAUCAUCGAAACCAAGGUUUUAUUGUGCCAGAAGCAACCAAUUCAUCUGCAUCUCAGGGGAAUUUUUUGGAAGUUCUCAAUAUAUCCCUUAAUGUGUUUGAAAAGCAUUACCUUGAUAGAAGUUUCGAUAGGACUGGUCAAGUAUCAGUUGUUAUUACACCUGGUGUGGGUGUCUUUGAAGUAGAUCGAGAGCUUACUAACAUCACAAAACAAAGAAUAAUAGACAAUGGUGUGGGAUCAGAUUUAGUUUGUGUUGGUGAGCAGCCUCUCCAUGCUGUUCCAUUAUUGAAGUUUCAUAAUAAGAGAGGGAGCAUUAAUGCAGAUGACUACAGUAUGCCACAUACAUGGAUCAAUCUUAGUUUUUACUCUUCAAACAAAAAAGUUGGGUAUGGUACAUUUGUUCCAAGAAUAAAGUUGCCACCUGAACGACCUAAGACUGUAAAGAAAGAAAGGUUGGAUGUAUUCCUGAAUAAACCACGUAUGAAACCCAAGCAGGAAACAGCUUUGCCUAACUCCAUCUUUGAUUACGAAACCUAUGAUGCCCAAGUUUUCAAAUUGCCUACUAAUCAGAGCAAUAAAACAUACAGGAGUUUGCAACGAACCACCAAUAGAAAGAAAACCAAUAGUCAUUCCUCUUCUGUCCAACCUUUAACGAGAAUCAGUCUUCAACGUAAGAUGUCUGACCCAGAUAUUUACCACAAUGUAGAACAAACCAGUGGAUCAUCCCUUGCUUUAGGAAGCUCAGUAGCUUCUCAUGAUAAAUCAGCAGCAAUCAAUAUUCCUGCUUCCUUUAAUGAGCAUCGAACUUAUUCUCAGUCAUUUGGAGCGCUAAAUGUUGAAGGUCAUAUGCGUUCUAAAACACAAAUAGUACAUGAGUGUGAUGAACUCUCCCCUUCUCAGUCAAUAAAAAUUGGUUCCAGUGGUGGGACCUCACCAAAUGAACCAUCACAGGUGACCAGUGCUAAACCAGCUGUAAAUGGACACCGACCUGGUAGAUCACUCAUUAAUCCUUUUGAUCCAUCUCAUGUCACCAUCAAGCAAACUUCAAAUCGCAGGCGCUGGAUUCAUAUCUUUCCUAAAGAUGCAACAGGUGUCCACAUACAACAGCACCAUUACCAGAAUUCUCAGCCAAAAGCUCAGGAAGAACAAAGAGCAUCAUCUUCCACACCACCACCUGAUCAGGAUCCACAUUUGAUACCCCUCUCCUCUACACCUGCUUCAACUGAACCAAGUGGAAAAGCCCCUCAUGUAUUAGCAUCACAACUUAGUCAAGAAAGUAUUGCCAGUGUUCCAAGAGAUAACCGAACCCAUACAUUAUCUGUUGCCAGUUCAGUCACAUCUCUGGACACGUCUCUUCGCUACACUUCACCUCAAAAAUCAGGCAUGGGAGGUACACUUACACGGGUGCCAUUUGCAGUAGCGCCUGUCAAAGAUAAGAGCCAUGCUACACUUCUUUGGGGAGCAACUGGAGAGCAAGAGUGGACUGCUGCUCUCACUACAGGUGUUGAUUGGAAGAGUUUAUCCUUACCAGCCUGCUUACCCAUCACAACGGAUUAUUUUCCCGAAGAUAGUUCAUUGCACAAUGACUAUGUAGUUGCUGAUUACAAUUUGUUGCCAGAUGAUAUGACAGAACAUGCAAGAACUGUUGGUGGAAGAAAGCCACUUUCUACCCAAGAUGUUUUCCUGGAGCUGGUGUCUCAGAGACUUUCUCAGGGGUUUCAAAUCAUUGUCAAGCCAGAAAAGACUCAAUCACAAGUUCCUGUUGCCAUGGGCAACAGUCCACGUUAUGCAGGACUUGGAACGCUUAUGCGAACACGAUCUCGAGCAGAAUCUUCACAAGAGUAUCGGUUGUCAAUUGGUCGAAUCUUUCACAAGAUAUUCCUCUGUGGGUCUACAAUAACAGUUACUAUUUAUCGACCAAGGCACCCUCAUCCUCAGCUGAAGCGUCAGUACAAGUAUAGAUUUCAGUCGCCAUACAUGACUAGUUAUGAAGUUUCUUGGGUAGAGUUUCGUACUGAGAGGCUUGAAACUUACCGAUGGAGUCAUCUUGACAAUUACAUUUGCUUCCAUGGAGAAUCUUCAGAUUAUCCUUUAAUAGAGGCACUGAAGUUUUGGCGGUUCCGAGUAUUGCUAGUACCUGAAUGUUAUCGAUGGGCAACAAAAACUGUUAUGGAGUCAACCACUGCAAUACCAUCUGACAUCUAUAAUGAGAUGACAAUUGAGGAACAGCAGACAACCAUAGAAGGUUUCUUAAAGUUCCUUGAAGUAACAAUUCAUCGUCUGAAGAGGCCAGUUAAUGCACGGAAAACUAGGAAGACAGGAGGGGGAGGGAAGGUUGGAGGUGUAUAUGGCAGUGGUGUGGGAAGGCGGCACAGUCUUGGUCCAAUUUUACCAAGCUUUCCUUCUGCCACCUUUGCCACAGCAUUUACCACUUCCAACUCUGCAGCUAUACCAGCAGGUGGCAGUGGCCAGAAUGCAGUAGCAUUUAGAGAGCGCCUUGGUAGCAAUAGGGUCCUAGAACGUCCUAGAUUGCGAUCAGGAGGCAAAACAUCAGAAAGACUGCGUUUUGAGAGUGGCAAUAGGGAGCUGCACACAGAUUCUUCGGAAAUGAAGUCUUUAUUAGAACCAGAAGAGGAUAAAGAGGAAAAAACAAGACCAAGUUACUCUUGACCCCUGCACCUACCGCAAUGAGUGGCAUGAAGUGGAAGUAGAACCAUUGAAUGCAAAACCUUCAGCUGCCCCUCCACAAACACCUAUUUCUAUCUCACCACCUGUGACCUGCCCUACAUUCCUUCAUCCUGAAUUGCCUCCACAGGUUCUAUGGAAAGGACGCUUAAAUUUAUACAGAACUGGGCAAGUGGACUUAGACUGCAAUAGCCGUAGUGAUAGAAGUGAAUGGGGCCACAUCAAACACCACUCAUAUUUCAACCCAUUGCAGUCUUUUGAAAUUAUUGUGCAAUGGCUUUGUGCAACUGGAACUAUUGUAACUGAUAUAAUGGUGUCAUGGCAGCGUAAAGCACAAGCAUGUGGACUUCACUUAUUUCCUGUUCCAACAGAUCCAUUUGCACUACCAUAUUCUUACAAUUCUGACCCUCUAAGAGGCCCUAUUCUGAUACCCUUAAAUGUAGACUGUCUUAGUGCCCCUGAAGGGCAACCGUUUGCUCAAUUUCCUUCCAGUACUUGGGGACGAAGAAUGCAUCUUUUUCAGGAGGCUAUUCUCAAGAAAUUUGGGUUUGUAGCUUAUGUGACUGAGACCCACAGCACUGAGCAGAACCAGUAUGUUCAUGUGACAGGCAACAUGUUUAUUAUGAUACAUUCCCCUUGCUCAGCAGAAACAACUCGGGGCAGAACACCCACAACUCCAGCAACUCCAACAUCCUUUUCCCAGGCUGACUACUUGUAUGGUGUGGCAAGCCCUCAUGUGGAGUAUUUCCAUCGACUGAUCGCUGACUUAUAUUCCCAUGAGAUCAGCGAAACACAGCCUGGGUUUUUGUGGUCAUUCAAUCACAUGCUGACAAAACGAUGGAAGUCCAUUAUCUCUGGUGAUGAAGUUUUUUCUGAAAAAAUGCUACAUGACUUUCGUCAGUUUUGCAGAAACCAGGAGAAUCGUCUAAGGGAUUUCUGGGAUUCCCAUCUUCCUCUGCUCACUCCUGCAAUGCAGAGUGAUGAAUUAAUAGCCGAACCAUAAAAUAAGAUUGAUAUGCACAGUGUGAGAGUGAAAGAUUAACAUUUAUUUUAUUUAAGGUCAAAAUAUUGCCCAUGUAAAACUUCGUUUCAUUUCUAUACACUACUGAGAAUUUAAUUUUUUCUUUUUGUGGAAUUCUUACAUGUUUUUUUGUUCUUUGAUUUUAAUUUCUCUUUUCAUUGCAUAAAUUCUUGUCUGAAUAUCUGUUGUACCUGUAUUUAUCUAGAGUACUAUAUGCUCUGUAAGUUAAAUAUGGAACAUGCAAAAACAGCAUUUUGAAAUUGGCAUGACAUGAUGUAUAUUUUUAUUAUUUGGAGCAUUGCAAUGGAUUUUGUAUAUAAAAUUUUAUAAAGUGAUUGUAUGUUUUAUGGUAAAAAUAUUGUGAAUUGCUAUUUUUUUAUUUUUAGAACAGAAUACAUGAACCUCUACUUUGACCAUACUAGUCAGAUAUGGCUGCAGUGUGACAGUCUUACCUUAAGUUGUUGCAUGGCCUAGGUGCAUGACUGGCAGUGGUAUCUGUUCUGAUAUAACUUCAUAGAAGGCAUGUGUAAUUUGAUUAGUUAUGUCACUAAUUUUAUGGUAAAUCAAACUUCCGAACAGUGGUCAAAUCUAAUUAGUUUUUUAGUUUUUACAGAGUUCCCAAAGGAGUAAUAUUCUAAUUGAAUUGAUUUUUUCAAGGUUAUAGGUAGGAUGAAUAUUAAGUUUUCUCUGUGAGGUUUUUGUUAUUUUGUAUCAAAGUCCUUAUUACUUGAAGUUAUUAUAUUCAAGUUUUCACCUUUUAUUACCCAUGAAAUUUAUCUAAGAAAUUAAAACAAGACGAGAACUUUUUUACUUUCUCAACAUGUUGACUUUCUUAACAGUAAAAGUUGCAAGGUAGAUAACUAGAGUGAGAGAGAAAAUGAUUGUGUUUAUCUGUAGUGUGCAAAUAUAACAGUUCUUCAUAUUCAUUAUAUUUUUCAUAUGCAAUUGCGAGUGUAUGUGGAUGUAUGAGCUGGUAAAAGUUGUGGUAUUAAUUCAUGUUUAGAAUGUGGAGAGAGAGAGAGAGAGAGAGAGAGAGAGAGAGAGAGAGAGAGAGAGAAUGUUAAGUCAUAGCAGCUCAUCAGCAGUAUUGUCGCUAGGGGGUGGAUGAGCCUGGCCCCCAGUCAUAUGCUUGCCCCCCCCCCCUCCCCCCCCCCCCCCCCCCCAUGUUGAAAUUCCCUUUGUAGCUAAACUUUAACCCCUUGGUGGUCAAAAGCAGAUAUUCCACCAUAGUGAUCAUGUAAGAAAUACAAUUGUGCUAUACGUAUACCCAUUACCUUUACAACUUAUGUAGAGCUGAGAAAUGAAUUAAUAUAGUUAUAGAUUUUUAACACAAAUGUCAUGUUUGUUCAUGAUACUUUCAUCCAACGUAAUGUCAUCUACUUAUGUAUGAAGUGAUUGAAACUGUAGUUACAGUUUUGAGUAAGUUCAAUGCAAUUUGCUACUGCUGCUUAAAGUAAAUUUCCAGGGAGAGGAGAUGAGGAAGAGGGAUUGGGAUAGGUUGAGAUUUUGAAGAGAUUUUGGAGAGUCAUAAGUCUUUUGUUAUUGAUGAUGUGCACUAUUUUGAUAUAUUUGCACGACAAGGAUUUUAUACUAUAAUAGUUGAAAAUUGAAACUUGACAAUAGGUUAGUGUUGAAUAUAAGAUUGAGAGGAAAUUUACAGUAAAGUGUUUGAUACAUUUGCAUAUACAUAGUAGAGUAGAAAAUUAAUAAAAAAUUUAUGUCUAUAAUUUCAAAUAGAGGUUUACUGAUUACUAAUACAGGCAGUCCCCGGGUUACGACGGGUUCGGCUUACAACGUUCCGAGGUUAAGUGCUUUUCAAUUAUAUUCAUCAGAAAUUAUUUCCAGGGUUACGACGCAUGUUCCAGGGUUACAACGCCCACAAUGCUCAUUUUGCAGAAGAAAUAUGACACCAAAAAUGCAAAAUAAUCAAUAUUGUAAGGUUUUUUUGAUGCAAAAUGCAAUAAGAAUGCAGUUUACAUAGUUUUGAAUGCACCCAAAGCAUUAAAAGUAAGGUUUUCUUAGGAUUUUUAGUGAUGUUCCGGCUCACAACGAUUUUUGGGUUACAAUGCGUCUCAAGAACGGAACCCCCGUCGUAUCCCGGGGACUGCCUGUACUAUUAUUGUCUUUCAUUCACAGAUAUAUUCAUUUGAGAAUAGCAUAUUUUACUAAUUACAGAUCUGGAACAUUAGUUUUGAGUAAUUUUCUUUGGUGCCCCCCAACCCCCCACCCCAAAACGAAUCUUGGCUCCAUGUAGGCCGCCUCUCCCAUUAAAGGGAGAGAGAGAGAAUCUGUAUACAUUACAGUCAUAUUCAUGUUCCAUUUUAUCCUCCAAUUCUCAUAGUUGCUAUACCGAUGAUAAAUAUUGCCGUUACUUUUGUCUGUUAUUCAUUAAGUGGCACCUCAUCUUAAUGGACUUUAGGUUUGUGAAAUUCAUUACGUAAUGGAAAUGCAGGAGUGUGAUAAAAAUAGGACAAAUAUUUCGCUAGGGUUAUCCGAUGGUUGACAGAAUUUGUCCAAGCAGACAACCUAUCCAACUUUCUGGAGUAACUUGGUGAAUAAUUACAGGUAUCAGACAGUGAAUGAAAACAUAUGGCUGGCUCUCUCUCUCUCUCUCUCUCUCUCUCUCUCUCUCUCUCUCUCUCUCUCUCUCUCUCUCUCUCUCUCUCUCAUUAUUUUGUAUGACAAUAACUUAAUGCAGUACAGUACUGCUUUGUAUGUAUGUAUGUUUGUCUAGGCACAGGAUAUACACAUGUAUGCAUCUUGUUAGGAUAAUUUAUGUACCUACAUUGUGUCUGCUCAUAUUUCUUUCUUCUCUCUCUAUUGCUCAAGAUGUGAAACUUUUUUAUAUAACAGAAUUUGUGCUUACUUUUGCAUAAAAAACAAUAACUAUUUUGUUUUAUUGUAUGAGUUUCAUGCACAGUAUUUUACAUAUCUUGUAAUCAUAAGUAGUAGGUACAGGUAUGUACAUGUAUUUUUAAAAGCAGUUUGUUUUGCAUAUUUAUCUUUGAAAUUGAAUGAUAUAUAAAUUGACAUUUUGAAUUGGAAGAUAAUGACAAAAUACUGGUUAGGUUCGGCUAUCAAGUACUUUAUAUAGAGUUGCUCUGAAGGAUAAUCUGGGUGAAUUGGAUCCAUGGUACUGAAUUGUAUAGGCUAUAUGCCAUUCUUUGUUACUCACACAUUUCAUUGCUUACCAGGAGAGGGCUGACCUCAAAACUGUCCAUUGAUGUGUGGUAGCACUGUACUAUUAAAUUUUGUUUGUAUUCCUAUUACGUAGGACACACAGUAUAGCCCAGUCUCUGGAAACAUUUUAUUUCUUAAAAAUACCAUCAUAUUUUGUCUAUUUAUUAGAUUAUAAAACUGAAAUGCAGCACUCAAGAUUCUGAUAUAUUUGAGAGAUGGCAGACAUUACGUAAUCUCUGUGUCUUUGAUUAGGAUAAUAACAGUUCUCAAUUGCCAGUUUUUAGUUGGAAGUUUCCACACUAUGAUUUAUUAACAUGAGAGAUUUUUAUUGUUAAUUUUUCCUUAGGUUAAGCUCUGUAGAUAUUGUUAAUAAGGGAGGCUUAUCUGUUGGGCUUUUUGUGCCAAAACCACAGUAUAUUUUCAAAAUAUAUACUUCUUUAGCAUGAUUUAUGUGGGGCUAACUCUUGGAUAUUGACACCGUUGAAUAGGUCAAAUUCAUUGGAUUUCACAGUUAAAUAGUUUUAUCUCAUGAUGACAGGGUGCAAAUAUAUAUAUAUAUAUAUAUAUAAUAUAUAUAUAUAUAUAUAAAGGUUUUUUUGCCACGAAGGAAAAAAUUAAAAAGUGAGAUAGCCAAGCACUUUCGGUCUUAUUCGGACCCUUUACUGAGGCAAACUCGGCUAUCUCGCUUUUUCAAUUUUUUCCUUCGUGGCAAAAAAAACCUUUUUAUUUGUACAUAGCAUCACGUUUUAUAUAGUUCAUGAUCAAGUUAUUCAUAUAUAUAUAUAUAUAUAUAUAUAUAUAUAUAUAUAUAUA